ACAUUUUACACUCUGCAUAGGACUUGCAGAGUCACAGUUGCAUUGGAGUCUUGUUGUGUGAAAUUUAGUAAGCCACCCACGAUGGAUGUGAAAGCGCUUGCGGUUAUAACCCUGCUGAUGGUGACAAUGUGCAUCCACAUAUCACAUGCAAAGCCAUUCAGCCUGGGCCAGAGAUGCUGGUGCAGAUCUCCUGAGAAGAGUGUGCACAAGAACAACGUCAAGAACCUGAAGUUUCUGAACACUCCCAACUGCCCUCUGCAGAUCAUUGCAACAAUGAGAAAUGACAAGCAAGUCUGUCUUGACCAUGAUACUAAAUGGCUACAGCAGUACUUGAAGAAUGCUAUUAACAAGAUUAAAAAAUCAAGAGGCGUUUGAGAACAUGUGCUGGAUUACAGCUCCUUUCACCCAUGUCAUAUUUGUAUUCUUCUUUGGACUGCUUGCUGUAACAGCACUUACAUGUAUGUUGAAGCAUUAAUACUGCCACCUGCAUCAACACUGCUUUUAAUGCCAAUAUAAAUUAUAUAUGUGAAAUUAUAUGUAGAUGUCUUAUAUAACUAUGAUACAGGUCACACAUCUGUGAGUUUAGCUUCUUGUUCCUUGAUGUUUAUGUGCUAGUGAACUUCGUUGCUUUUGGUCUAAAGUCAUACAAAGAACUAAUUGAAGUUAAUUUCUAAAGAAUAACUUGCAGACUGACCUUCACCCUUCGUAAUUAAUUUCCCGUAUGCGCCAGUCCAAAUCUUUUUACUCUGGAACGGAGAAAAUUGGUGACCUUAUAGUCAUAUAAGGUGUUCUGUGUUUUACAGUAUUGACCCCUUCUCCUAGUGCAAAAAUCAAGAACCAUGGAACUGCACUAAAUUGCAUUUAAAACUACUCUCCACUGAUAAUGAGCCCUGUUAUAUUUUGAGAACUCCAAAAUUGGGGCAAAUUGCAUAGUAACAGUUUAAAUGAAUUGUAACUGUGGUUAGAUGCAGAGUCACUACCAUUCCAUUUAUAUGCUAUAGUUUGACAUCACCAGAGCCAUACAAAAUCAUAAGUUUACAGUGCUGCAAUAAGAAGCUGAUUUGCAACUUACUGUACUGCAGCUGCUUGUCCCAAUUUAAUGCACUUUAGUUUAUUCAUAUGGCCGCAUUUGCCAGCAAACAGUGAUUUGGGCUGUUUUGAUGAGUUAAUAAAAUGGAUCACCUGAGGCAAACUUUCUGUAUUUGUAAGAAACCCUUUGCAUCUCCAUUAUAUACUGAUUUCAAAAUGUAGUUAUUCUCCAUUUAAAAUGAAGACUCACUCAAGUACACACUGCAAUGCGUUACUCAUAAGAACAUCAUACUAGCAAUUACAGUGUAACUGAUUUGUGUCUUGCUAUGUUUUGUUUAACUAUGCUUGUGACGGCUUUUAAUGCCUAUUUUACAGUUUGCGGUUUUAUUACUGUUUAAUUUGCGUGUUAUAUUUGCUUAUUGAAUUUUCUAGGAUGCAGAGAAUAGUUGGAUGCCUUAAAUUUAAUGUAGUGUAGGUAUUUUAUAAAAACUUGUAAAAUGAAGGUAUUCCCAGAAUGUACAAAAACUACAGUAUGCUCCUAUGAAGAAAACUUUAACUGCUACUUUGGUUUGUGAAUUAGAGUAAUUUAUUAAGAAAUUUCGUUUUUAUAUAAAAAAUAAAUUAAAUCACAAAAUGGUUGGUUUUAUUUAAAAUAAUAAUACAUUGAAUUAGAGUCCAUUAAGUCAAAAUAGUCAAGCUGUAUUUUUCCUCAUGUUAACCCUAUUACAAAUGCUGCAAUACAACUCUGCUGGUGGUGGUGGUGACAAGAUGUGGGCAGUCUGAGAAUAUUUUAUGUAUUUGCCAAGUUAAGAAAGCACUGGAAGUGUUUGCAGGGCUACGUCAGUGGCUUGACCAGGGCCAGUAAGUGCCAUAUCUAGACCCAGAAAUCGAUUUCAUUUGAUAAGUAAAUUAAUUGUUCAGAUUGAAACCCCAUACUUAAACUUGUUUCCAAAUUCCAUGCUGUUCUCUUCACAAACUGCUCUCUGUCUACGGCUUACAUCUUUCCCAUCCAGACUUCUAAAGCAUCCUUUUAUAUGCAGCAGCGCGCCUGCGGACAUUCACCCCCAUUUAAUCUCUGUAGAAGAAAUACUGUCUGUUCAGCUUUGCACAAUUCUUUAGAAAACAGCAAUUCUCUAGAGAAGGCCAUCACUGUCUAAAAUAGCCAUGAUUCGGAAUCCUUUACUCUUGUUCAUUAUUUGACGUUUACACAAGUAUGGUGUAAAUGGUUAGUUGGAGUUUCUGCCCAUUAAAUUUUACAUUCAUGAUGCUUAAGGUCAAUUUGCAAUUCAAGACUACACUUAAUAUUUGAAGUUUAAAACUUUGCUACUAUGAUACCCCUCCUUCCUUCCUCUUAGAGUAGGAGCGUUGUUUUUGCAUGUAAAUUCAUACUAACAGGGAGGCUCGGACAGUCUUUAUAGGGUAAUAUAAUAUUUUGCAUUGUGUUUAAUCAGGGAAAAAGACUUAUUUUGAUUUAAAAUGGCAGCAGAGCCACACAGGGACCAAACCUAUAAAAUGUUUAAUCUGAUCUUUUACUCAUUCUGGUGCUCCACACUCUAAAAUAAAUGCUAGUGCUUUUUCAUGGAGAGAGUUAGUCUAUUACACAAAGUGUGACUUUUUUUAUAUCAAAUGUUUAUUUCUUAUGACUUAUUCUCCUGCACAAUGUGAAGAACUAACUCUUUUAAGGCAGCUUUAAAAGGAAGUGUACAACAUACAAGGCAUUUUAUAUAGCCUUUUUUUAAUGAGAUUUUCACUGUAUCAAACCAGCAUUCGUAUAUUUUUGUAUUUUCAUUGCACUUGGUAAUUUUUCAAUAAACAUAUAAAGGAAAAA